UGCUGAAUCUGAUCGGAAGCCCCCGAUGGACACUUCGAUGGGGAUAAUCGAACUGUCGCUCAACUACGACCAGGCGAUGGGCAUUUUGCACUGCACAGUUUACAGGGCCAAAAAUCUCAUCCCCAUGGACAUUGCUGGGAUGUCGGAUCCGUUUUGCAAGCUGAACAUUCUGCCAAAUCCCAAAAUCACUGCUCGACUGCGCACCAGGACUGUACACAAGACUCGAAAUCCCGAGUUCAAUGAGAACCUCGCAUUCUACGACAUCAGUGAGGAGGAUUUGGCCAGCAGGUCCCUGCAUGUGCUUGUAGUGGACGACGACCAGUAUGGGCACGACUACAUGGGGGAACUGCGCAUCAAACUCGCCAAACUACUCGUCCAGAACACCAUUUAUUUGACCGUCCCUUUGGAAAAUUUGCGUCCAGAGCAAAAGGGGCCUCUGCCGGCCCCCGAGCUGAACCAAUGGUUCGACUUUGAUUUGUGGUCGCGUGGCCAGAUCCUCAUCUCCUUGUGCUACUCGACAAAGAGGCGAUCCCUCCUAGUGGUGGUGAGACGGUGCGCCAAUCUGCUCCCAAUGGACAACAACGGCUUUUCGGACCCUUUUGUCAAGCU